CUCCCGCUGCUCCGGGGCCUUCCUGAUGUAUAUAUGCAGGUAGUGAGAUUUGAAACGGCCCUUGGAAACAGUAAUAGAAUAAAACUCUGAUUUGGGGAGCAGCAGUUCUCCUCAGUUUUCUACUGUCUUGUGGGAAUGAGUUGCCAACCUUUUACUUCGGCCGAUACCUUUAUACCUCUCAAUUCUGAGGCUUCUGCGACUCUGCCUCUGAUCAUGCAUCACAGCGCAGCCGAGUGCCUCCCAGUCUCCAACCACGCCACCAACGUGAUGUCCACAGCAACAGGACUUCAUUACUCUGUUCCUUCCUGUCAUUAUGGAAACCAGCCAUCGACCUAUGGAGUGAUGGCAGGCUUCACGCCUGUAACCUCAGAGAUGUUGUCAGUUAGCAUCGGCAGGACCGCGUGCUCCAGAAGAGCAAUUUGCGCCCUACCACAGUGUUUGAGCCAACACCUCUGCCUCCCCAUUGCCUGCUUUAGAAGAUGUACCCCUUCUCCCACUUCCGCCACACGGAACUGUAUACACAGCAAUUUAGAAGGGCUUUGCUGGAUUAAUCUACAAGGUAGCUUAACCCCUUGUCUUUAUAAGUUUCCUGACCAUACCUUGAGUCAUGGCUUUCCACCCAUGCACCAGCCUCUCCUGGCGGAGGACCCCACAGUCACAGAUUUCAAGCAGGAGCUCAGGCGGAAAAGUAAAUUAGUCGAAGAGCCAAUAGACAUGGAUUCUCCAGAAAUCCGAGAACUUGAGAAGUUUGCCAAUGAAUUUAAAGUGAGAAGAAUUAAGUUAGGAUACACCCAAACCAAUGUUGGGGAAGCCCUCGCUGCUGUGCACGGCUCUGAAUUCAGUCAAACCACUAUCUGCCGAUUCGAAAACCUGCAACUCAGCUUUAAAAAUGCAUGCAAGCUAAAAGCAAUAUUAUCGAAAUGGCUGGAGGAAGCUGAGCAAGUGGGAGCUUUAUACAAUGAAAAAGUAGGAGUGAAUGAAAGAAAAAGGAAGCGAAGAACAACUAUAAGUAUUGCUGCUAAAGAUGCCCUGGAGAGACACUUUGGAGAACAGAAUAAGCCUUCCUCUCAAGAGAUCAUGCGAAUGGCUGAAGAACUGAACCUUGAGAAAGAAGUAGUAAGAGUUUGGUUUUGCAAUCGAAGGCAGAGAGAAAAACGGGUGAAAACAAGUCUGAAUCAGAGUUUAUUUACUAUUUCUAAGGAGCACCUUGAAUGCAGAUAAAAUUUGUUGUGUGAUAGCCAAUUUUUUUCUAUUUUUCAUUCCUUUCUCUUCUCCAACAAAAAUAGAAAUUAGUUAUUUGGUUGGCUUCAAAAAUCAGUUUAUAUCAAUAACUUUUGCAGAAGCUUUUCUACUUUUUUAAAAAAAGAAUACAAUUUGAAUGUUGACAUUAUUUUCUUUAAAAUAAUUAUUCUCAGAAGCCAAGCUGUACAUUUUUAAGCCAAAGAUAGCAAUAGGAAUAAACAGUGAUUCUCUCUCAAUCUUUCUCUCUCUCCCUCUUGCUCUCUCUACAAACACACACAGUGUGCACGUGGAUCUUUAAGAUUCUUUUCUCAAAGGCUGUUUAUUAGCUUUUUAACAUUUCAGUCAUAAUGCCAUAUAAAGAAUAUCACAAUAGAAGACAAUUAGAAAAUUGAUUAAUGUCCUGCUUACCCUCAGUUCUAAUAUUUUGUUUGAACUAAAUAGUUGGUUUGCACAUAAGAGCUAGAGGUGCCUUUGAAUUUUAUUAGUGCAUUUAGAAAUAAUCGUAAUCAGAAGCGACACUUUUUUAUCUUUUUAUUCUUCCCAGCGAUUUCGCUUUCCUGAUGUUUAUUUAUAGAAAAUAUGCUUUAGGGUUCGAGAAGCCCACACCGCUCCUCGGUAAGCUACAACAGCGCAGCGAUGGCGUCUGGCGUGUCUGCCGUUGCUCCUCCGGCUCCUGGGCAAGUGUUUGCGCGUAGCGGGCACGUGGUAUUUGUUAAAGGAACAAAGGAGUGUGCUGUUAAUGACUGCUACAAACUUGAAGGUGCCUAACUUUAACAUAAGUCUCACGACCUAGAAAAUCAUCUGGGAUGCUACCAGAAAAGACUAUCACUUUGGUUUAAUUGGUUAAAGUAUGAUUUAUUAUUAAUGAAAAAGUUGGACAUAUUGAGUUUUUAAAUUUGGGGAAUUAUAUCCAAGGAAUAUAUUUAUUUAAUUUAUAAGAAUGCACUUCUUUGAAACUUGCAAGUAGAAGCCAACUGUAAGGUAGUAUCAAUCUGACCUUUUUUUGCAUUUAAAAUAUAAAUCUGCUGGCAACGUUUAUCUAACUUAUUUUAUGUAACAAAAUGGAAACAGACCAAAUUUUAUUACUGAUUUAGAAUGCUUACUAAGUUAUACUGUCCAGUCUCAUGGUUUUUAUGAUCUUAAUAAAGACCAAACAUUACACAGGUCAUAAUCUCUAUAGAUCAUAUGUGUUUUAUGCAUGCAUAAUCACCAUUAAUUGGAUGGCGAGAAACUUUGAUAUAUUAUUAACAAAAAGAGAUCUUUUUCAGUGGCUUAAUCAUCGAUGCUUAAGUACACAUCUAGCACCCAGGAGAUGUUGAACAAAAUAUAUGUACAAAGACUUUCAUUACUCAAGAGUAAAUUCCAAAUUAUUCAGCCAUGUAGAUAUGUAAGUAAGUUCCUUCUCUGUAUAAUUCAACCAGCUCACCACACACACUAAUUGGGAAGGGAUUCUGUAGUUUGCAAAAGGCAGGGUAGGAUGUAUCUACGUAUAUAUAUAUACAUUCUAUAUACAUACACAAAAAUGCACAUAUACAUGUCUGAAAGCUGCAGAUAGAAACAAAAUGUAAUGCAAAAUAAAUCUAGAUUAGUGACUUUUUUGCACUUUAAAUGUGAAUCUGCUGGGAACGUUUAAUCUGACUUUCUACAACAAAAAUAAGCAUGUAUAUAUGCUUCUAUCAUCACCACAUCUAUAUGAUCAUAAUCUUAUCAGACAUUCACUCAUAAGGUCAUUCCAGCUUAGAUACAGCUAGCAUUGAGAAGUAAUUUUUCUC